UAGCAACACAAACAGCAGCGUCCUGUCAAAGAUGAGGCAGUUCAGACACUAGACAGACAUCAAAAUAUAUGACAUAAAUAAUCCCCACAGGUUAUUGAGUUUAAUAAACGAGCGGCAAUGCAAGCGGACGACGCCAGAUAUUUAAAACGGAAAUAUAAGGGUGGCACUUUAGAUGUUCACCCGACGGAAAAAGCACUGGUUGUCCAGUAUGAGGUGGAAGCCACUAUUCUGGGGGAGAUGGGAGACCCAAUGCUGGGAGAACGCAAGGAAUGCCAAAAAAUCAUUCGUCUGAAAAGCCUGAAUUCCAACACGGAUAUUGCCUCUUUAGCACGGAAGGUCGUAGAGGAAUGUAGACUAAUUUCCCCUUCCAGACUUGCUGAGGUGGAACAGUUAUUGUUCUACCUGCAGAACCGCAAGAAAUCUUCUGAAAAGAAAGAAAAGAAACCAAUCAAGCCAAGAGACCUCACUCCUUUUGAAGGGAUGGAGCUGGAUGAAGAGGCCAACAUUAAUAGCAUAGAUGACUAUGUAGAGCUCCUUUAUGAGGACAUCCCUGAGAAGAUCAGAGGUGCUACACUCAUCCUCCACCUGGCCCGUAACCCAGACAACUUGGAGGAAUUGCUGCAGAAUGAGACAGUCCUGGGCGCACUGGCCCGAGUCCUGAGGGAAGACUGGAAGCAUAGUGUCGAUUUGGCGACCACCAUCAUCUAUGUCUUCUUUUGCUUUUCCAGUUUUUCCCAGUUCCACGGCCUGAUCACUCACUACAAGAUUGGAGCACUGUGCAUGAGCAUAACUGAGCAUGAGUUGAAGCGAUAUGACUUAUGGCAGGAUGAACUGCUGAAGAAAAAGAAGGCUGGUGACGAUGACCCAGAUAAUCAGAACCUGAAGAAGGAGUAUGAGAAAGCCUUGAAGAAGUACCAUGGACUUCUGACCAAACAGGAACAGCUUUUGAGAGUGGCUCUGUAUCUUUUGCUGAAUCUGUCUGAGGACACCCGCACAGAGCUGAAGAUGAGGAACAAGAAUAUUGUCCACCUGCUGGUUAAAACGCUGGACCGAGACAGUGAAGAGCUGCUGGUGCUGGUGGUGUCCUUCCUUAAGAAACUCAGUAUCUUCUUAGAGAAUAAGAACGACAUGGCUGAGAUAGAUACAGUGGAGAAGCUGGCUAAACUGGUGCCCUGUGAACAUGAAGAUCUCCUGAAUGUCACUCUGCGUCUCCUUCUCAAUCUCUCCUUUGACACAUGUCUCCGCAGUAAGAUGGUGCAGGUUGGCCUUCUGCCCAAACUCACCUUGCUGCUAGGAGACGAAGCGCAGAGACAGAUCGCCAUGUGCAUUCUGUACCACAUCAGCAUGGACGACCGUUUCAAGUCUAUGUUUGCCUACACCGACUGCAUUCCACAGGUAAUGAAGAUGUUGUUUGAUUGUGGUGAGGAGAGGAUUGAUGCUGAGCUCAUUUCCUUCUGCAUCAACCUGGCUGCCAACAAGAGAAACGCCCAGAUCAUGUGUGAAGGCAAUGGUCUAAAGAUGCUUAUGAAGAGGGCACUGAAGCUAAAAGAUCCCCUAUUGAUGAAGAUGAUCCGAAAUGUAUCUCAGCAUGAUGGACCUUCUAAAAAUCUCUUCAUUGACUACGUUGGAGACUUGGCGGCUCAGAUCGGACUGAAGGAGGAGGAGGAGUUUGUGAUUGAGUGCUUGGGCACUCUCUCCAAUCUGACCAUUCCUGAUCUGGACUGGGAACUGGUGUUGAAGGAGUAUAACCUGGUGCCUUACCUCAAAGACCACCUUAAACCAGGCUCUGCAGAGGAUGACCUCAUCCUGGAGGUGGUGAUCAUGAUUGGCACUGUCUUCAUGGAUGACUCUUGCGCCGUAAUGUUGGCCAAGUCAGGCAUCAUUCCUGCUCUAAUAGAACUACUGAAUGCCCAGCAGGAGGAUGAUGAGUUUGUCUGUCAGAUUGUGUAUGUCUUUUACCAGAUGGUGUUUCACCAGGCCACUAGAGAUGUCAUUAUAAAAGAAACACAAGCUCCAGCGUACCUCAUUGACUUGAUGCAUGACAAAAAUGCAGAAAUACGAAAAGUGUGUGACAAUACGUUGGAUAUCAUUGCUGAGUAUGAUGUGGAGUGGGGCAAAAAGAUCCAGAGCGAGAAGUUCCGCUGGCACAACUCUCAGUGGCUGGAGAUGGUGGAGAACCGGCAAAUGGAUGAGGCAGAACCUUUUAUGUAUGGAGAUGAUGGAGAGCCUUUCAUCAAUAAUGGGGACAUCCUGGAACGGCCAGACCUCUUCUACAGUGCAGAUGGAAUUAUCUCAGCAGAUGGUGCUAUUAGUCCAGACUUCUUCACAGACUUCCAAAAUGGAGACCUGUUAGGACCACAGGGUUUCCCCAGCAGUUCUUUGACCGAUGGGUACGGACAGACAGGUGUGAAUCCAGCACGUCCUGCCACGGCUUAUGGCUUCCGGCCCGAUGAGCAGUUUUAUUAUGGUUACACAGCAUCACGGUAGAACCCCCUGUGUCCUACAGCCUACUACAGGAAAAAAUGGAAACUCCAAAAAAAAUCAUUAAAAAGAUGAAAAGUGAUGUUGUCAUUUCAAGUGCAUAAAACACUACUGUUUUUCUUCAUAUUCAGUAUUUCUUCAUAAAUAUGAUAAGUGGAUAUUUAUUACAUUUCAAGUGACUCUUGGUUUGAAUGUGUUUUAAGCAGAAUGUUCUCAUUGUUUUAAUGUGGCCAGUAGCUAUAGGGAAGGACCGUUUUUAUAUAAAAAAAAAAAUAUUUCAACCCUCACUUUUAGCUCGGUUGUGUCGUUUCAUGUGUAUUUAAGCCUUUACUGUGUGUAAUCUCUAAAGAAAUUAAGGCUCACGGCAUCCCUUUCAACCUCUUCUUUGCAAUAUUUUAAAAGUAGGGUAAAUUAGUUGCAUGAUAUCUCAGAGGUAUAGAUAACUUUUGAACGAGUUAUAGGAAUAGUUUACCCAAAAAUGAAAAUUGCCUCAUUUACUCAUGCCAUCCUAGAUGUUUAUAACUUUAUUUUUUCUGCUGAACACAAAGAUUUUUAGAAGAAUAUCUCAGAUCUGUAGGUUCAUUAAUGCAAGUGGCCAGAACUCUGAAGCUCCUAAAAGCACAUAAAGCCAAGGAAACAUCUGCAAUUGGCUAAAUUAGUUAAAUCCAUGUCUUCAGAAGCUACACGAUAGGUAUGGGUGAGGAUUAAAUAAAUAUUUAAGUAAUUUUUACUAUAAAUGCCCAUUUUCACAAGCCCUCCUUAGUGCUCUCUUCUCUGCUAAGAGUUUUUCUUGUUCCGAUUCAAAUUGUUCAUGCAUAUCGCCACCUACUGGGUAGAGAAUUUCUAGUAAAAAAGGGCUUAAAUAUUGAUCAGUUUCUCACCCACACCAAUCACAUCGCUUCUGAAGAUAUGGAUUUAACUCUGGAGUCAUAUGGAUUACUUUUAUGCUGUCUUUAUGUGCAUUUUGGAGUUAAAAAUUUUUGGCCACCAUUCACUUGCAUUGACCAACAAAGCUGAGAUAUUCUUUUUAAAAUCUUAAUUUGUGUUCUGCAGAAGAAAGAAAGUCAUACACAUAUGGGACAGCAUGAGGAUAAGUAAAUGAUGAGAGAAUUUUUGGUUGAACAAUCCCUUCAUGAGCAUUGAAAAAAUCCAACUCAUUAAACUUUAAAACAUUACUGUCAGUGUAUCUGCAUGGCAGUGAAGUUGGUUCAGAUACUUACAGCUUUUCGUAAGAAAAUAUUGUGUAACCUUAAAUGCAAAUUAAAACAUUCUGCUCUCUCAAUUUUGCUCAAGUUUACAUAAAGCAACUAACGUAAGGGUAAAUUUAAUUAUAGUGGUGCCCUCUUGUGGAUCCCAUGUGCAACAUAUAUGACGUAUUGAUUUCAUGUUCAAACACAAUUUAGACAUGUCUGCUGUCUUUAAACUUUAAAUACACAACAGCACCGGUCAAAAUAAUAAAACCGUAAUCUAACAGACACUCUUAAUACUUUUACUACUCACUAAUGUAAAUGUGAAAAAGAAUGUUGCCCAUUAAUUUGCCUUUGUUACUGUUGUACAAAUAUUUCUGUACAUCUCAGCUUCUGUGGUGCACUGCUAACUACAUAUGUAUUUUGUAAUGUAGUUAAACUCAAGUGUUCACUUAAAAUAUACUGAUUUUUUUAUGUAUUUUGAAGUAUUUAUGAAUUUCAUUGGUGCCUGGGAAUUGUCUUAACUAUUGUUUUAUAUAAAAUGCCAUUUAUUUAAUGUAGUGCAAUAUGAAAUACAAAUUUUGAUGUG